AUGAGUGAUAAUGAAAGCUAUAUUUCUGCAGAAAAUAAUAACAGUGAUGACGAGAAAAAGUCGAAUGUAAACCUUGAUAAUUUUUUAAAUUAUGAUAUAGAUUAUUAUAUGAAUGAAAACAAUAAAUCAAAUUAUGUAGGUGUAGAUAUAUUACAACGUAUUGAUUAUUAUAAUAUAAAGAAUGCUAAUAAUGAGUAUAUACUAAAUGAAAAUAUAAAUAAUAUUAAUAAUAUUAAUAAUAAUAAUAAUAAUAAUAAUAGUAGUAGUAGUAGUAAUAAUGAUAAUAUACUAUUAUGUAAUAGAAAAAAAGAACAUGUUGAUAUAUUUUAUAAAUUAAAAAAAGAAUUAUAUAAUAUAGCAUAUACAAAUGAAGGUAAUAAAAUAAAUAAUAUCGUAACACCUAGUAAUAAUAUUACAGUUCAAAAAAAUUCAAAGAAAACAUCUAGCUUUAAUACAAAAAGAUUGAAAGAAAAUUUCAAUUUAUUUCAUUCUAAAAAUAAAGAUAAAAGUAAUAAUAAAAAAUCAUAUGAUUUGUUAAAUAAUGAUUUAAGUAUAUCCUUAGGAAAUAAAAUUGAAGAUACUUAUAAAGAUAUUAAAAAUAGUGUUAACUGGUUAGGAAAUUUCUUUUCGAAUAAUGAAAAUCAAGAAGAAAAAAAAUAUGUAAAUGUUUUUUAUGCUGAUUUAUAUUUUUUCAAUGAUAUUACAUUAAUACGUUUUCUAGAUACAUACAAUUAUAACCUGUUGAAAACGUUGAAUAAAAUAAUUAAGUUUAUAGUUUGGAGACAAAUGCAUAUACAAGAUUUUAAUAAUGAAAGAGAUACCUUGAAAUUAUCUGAGCAAUCAAAAAGUGAAAAUGACAACCAAAAUAAUAAAAAUGAUAACAAUAAUAACAAUAAUAACAAUAAUAACAAUAAUGAUGGUAAUAGUGAGGAUGAAUAUAAUAACUGUAAUGUUUUUCUUAACCCUUCAAAUAUUAAAGAUACACUUGUAAAAUCAAACAUAUUCAGAUGUGGAUAUGAUAUGCAUUCAAGACCCAUACUAUAUAUUAAAAUACAAGAAAAACUAGACAUGAGUGAAGACGACCUUUUUCUCAUGUUAGUUUAUCAUGUAGAUAUGUGUAUUAAUAGUGUCGACUACAAAAAAUGUUAUCCAGAUUUAUAUGCAUCAGAUAAAGAAAACAUCAAUAAUGACAAAAAAAAUAAUAAUAACAACAGUAGUGAUAGUAACAAUAAGAAUUGUGAUUAUAAAUCUAAUACAGAAAAUAGCAAAAUAGAUGAAACGACCUUACAACUUGUUAUUGUUGUGGAUUGUCUUAAGUUUGAAUUAAAUAAUAUGAUCAGUGUUGAGUGUAUAAAAAAAAUGAUAAAUGUAUUUAACGAAUUUUAUACUGAUGUUUUAUUUAGAAUAUAUGUUAUAAAUGUACCAUCGUUUUUUAAAAAGGUCUGGUGUCUUUUCAAUAUGUUUAUUGAUAAUCAUACAUUAAACAAAAUUAUUUUUAUUAAUAAAAAAAAUAUUAAUUUAAUGUAUGAACAUAUUCCUAUUCAUAUUAUGGAACACUUAGAUAAAAAUGCUACAAAAUCAGAGCAACAAAAAUCUGUCUUUUUUCCUUCGAGUUCUUUAUAUUAUAAGUAUGAUGAAAUGUAUUAUAAAAAGUUGAUAACUUAUGUCAAUAUAUGGGUAAACAAAAUGAUAAAGACUAAUCACUAG